CAAGAUUUUUGCGUCGCCUUGGAUUGCCAGUCUGAUUGUUGACUUACAUAGUGCCACAGCAAUCAGAGGACAGAAACAGCGGCUGGGUUUGAGGAGUCUGGGAAGUCAAAAUGAACCCAGAGUACGAUUAUCUCUUUAAGCUCUUGCUCAUUGGAGACUCGGGGGUGGGCAAGUCCUGCUUGCUGCUUCGGUUUGCGGAUGAUACAUACACCGAGAGCUACAUCUCUACCAUCGGCGUCGAUUUUAAAAUUCGGACCGUCGAGCUUGACGGCAAAGUGAUCAAACUCCAGAUCUGGGACACGGCUGGUCAGGAGCGCUUUCGUACAAUCACAAGCAGCUACUACCGGGGAGCCCAUGGAAUCAUUGUCGUGUACGACGUCACAGAUCAGGAGAGCUUCAACAAUGUCAAGCAAUGGCUGAACGAGAUUGACAGAUAUGCCAAUGAAAAUGUGAACAAGCUGCUGGUGGGCAACAAGAGUGAUUUGACAGCGAAGAAGGUCGUGGACUACCAGACAGCAAAGGCCUUUGCAGAUGAGAUUGGCAUCCCAUUCCUCGAGACCAGUGCCAAGAACGCGACCAAUGUGGAGCAAGCUUUCAUGACCAUGGCGGCCGAGAUCAAGAACAGGAUGGCCAGCCAGCCCGUCAUCAACAAGCCAGGCGCCACCAUCAGGCCAGGCGAGGGCAAGCCGGUCAACUCCAGCAAGUCCAGCUGCUGCUGAGUGCAGAGCUGCAGCCACUCUCUUACAAAGCUUCAUGGCAAUGGUGAUGGCUGAGCCUUGUCGUUGUACGGCAUGAAAGACUCUACACUGUUGUCCAGUUGGGCACAUCUCUCUAUUGGCUUUGGCAACUAAGUGUCAAAUUUUUGUCUGUAGAGGUGGUGUGUUUGAUUGCACCCCUAGAAUAAAGAUGUACCUCCUUUAGACUGUGAUAACCUGUAUAAGUAUGGAGUGCGGAUCAUUGGUGAUUUGAGAGGGUUUGGAAGCCAGCAUGCGUGCACCGCGUCCAGCUCUUCGAGGUCAUCAGCUGUGUAUUUCUUUGUAAGCUCGGACCAUUAUUGCU